UCAAUGGCCUGCACUAUUCCAUCGUUUCGUCUCUUCAAUCCCUCCGGUUCGUACCUCGCUUUCUCAAACAUCAGCAGGAUUAGGGUUACACUUACACAUUUAAACGCUGCUUCUGUCUCGAACCGGGCGAGUGGACUCAGCUCUAACUCAAUGAGUCAACCCGCCGCCGCCGCCGAUUCCAACACUAUUGCCACUCCAAAUGAUGCACCGUCGCAGCCGGAAAACGCCGAUGUUGUGGUCCAGUACGUGGUGCUCCGGCGAGACCUGAUCGACACUUGGCCUCUAGGUAGCGUGGUUACUCAAGGUUGCCACGCUUCUGUUUCGGCCGUUUGGUCCAACAAAGACGAUCCUUUCACCGUCGAUUAUUGCAGCCCCGAUAACAUAGAUUCUAUGCACAAAGUUACACUUGAAGUAAAGGGAGAAUCUCAGAUAAAAAACUUGUCUGAGAAGCUUACAUCUGGUGGGAUCAUUCACAAACUGUGGAUUGAACAACCUGAAAACAUACCUACGUGCCUUGCCACAAAACCUUACCCUAAAUCAGUUGUAUCUUCGUAUUUUAAAAAGUUGAAACUCUGUAAGUGAUGUCAUGUUUGAUAUUACUUUUUUUCUCCCAGCUUUGCUCUUCUUUGGUAGAAAAUGCACUGGACUAUAGCUGGUAAUUCUGGAUUUUAUUAUUUGUCUUCCUUCUCUCCUAAAAUGCACAAAAUCUUCAAAUGGAGGAAGUGA